AUGAGUCAACAACACAAAACAUAUAUAAAAAUAUUUUUAGUAUUUUCUUGUGCAGAAUUUCCACAAGAAAUGACUGUUAGUUUAUUUCCAAAUCCGAUAACUUAUUUUGAAAAUGAAAAAAACUCUGUAAUUUUCCCGCCUACAAAGGAAACAAUUCACAUAUUAAAAAAAGAUCCAAAAUCAUCGAAAUUUUCAAGAAAUCCAAAUUUAUCAAAGAGUGGUAGCUAUUGGAAACAAAAUGGUGAACCUGUUAUAGCAUAUUUUAGAAUAAAAAAACCUGGUCAAGAUCAUUAUCAAUAUUUUUGUUUUAAAAAGAAAUAUCUAACAUUUACUGAAACUAAACAACCACCAAAAACAAUGAUGAAACCUGCAGGUAUUAUUACAGCUCCUGAAACUUCACAAAUAAAUCAAACCAAUAGAUCAUACAAUAAUAUAAGUGGUAAUAAUAUUGGAGGAAUUACAGGUGGUAGUAGUGGUGGAUUUGGAGGUGGAAUGGGUGCUCAACCAAAUAGUAGUGUUGGUGGGUUUGGUUCAAAUAAUAGUGGUGGUAUGUAUAAACCUGGUGUCAACUCAUCAUCAUCAACAACUCAAAAACCGAUAUUUCCCCAAAAACCUGUUGUUGGCGCUUUAAAUAAUAAACCAAAUAGUACUCCUGCAAAUAAUACAACAACGAACAAUAAUAAUAAUAAUAGUAGCAAUAAUAAUUGUGAUGAAGGUGGUAAUUUUAAAUAUUGUCACGAAUUAGAAAUUGAAGUUGAUGGUGAAACAGCACCAAUUGGUGCAGAUCCAAAUAGUGUAAUUUUUCAAAAAUCAGUUGAUAAAAUCAUUAUAGAUUGUUUAGUUACUCAAAUUACUUCACCUGGUGGAGCCAAUGAUAAAAAAGAAAUUAAUUUAUCAUCAUUUAAUUCAGAUAUGUUAAAAUAUGAAAUCGAAUAUUCAAAACCUCCACAAUCAAAACAUACCCUUGGUAAAGUCAGAUCCUAUGUAAUUAGACAUUAUAUUAAAGAUUCUGAAAAAAGAAAAAGACCCGAUACUUUCCCAACUCCUCCAGUCGUAGUUCCAACCUAUGAAUGUGUUGUCGCUCAACAACCAAAUAAUAGUGUUACUAAUGGACUUAAUAAUAAUUUCAAUACUGUAAAUAAAAUAAUUAGUGAAAUUGGUAAUAUUACAAGUGGUAACAACAAUAAUAAUGUCAAACAACCUAUUUUAAAUACUAAUAAUAAUAAUGGUAAUAAUAAUAAUAAUAAUAAUAAUAAUAAUAAUAAUAAUAAUAAUAAUAAUAAUAAUAAUAAUAAUAAUAAUAAUAAUAAUAAUAAUAAUAAUAAUAAUAAUAAUAAUAAUAAUAAUAAUAAUAAUAAUAAUGGCAAUAUUAAUAACAAUAGAAAUAACUACCAAUCAUCACAAUCUUUAAAUCUUGAGUCUGAUAGACCUGAAAAAUAUAAAAAACCAAACGAGGACCCAUCGAUUUCCCCCAAUAAGCCUAAUAAUCCUAUUGGUGGUACCUCUUUAAAUAAUAAUAAUCCAACUAAUAAAAUUAAUAAUAACCCAAUAAUUAAUAAUAUUAAUAAUAAAAUUAAUAAUAAUCCUAUAAUUAAUAAUAUUAAUAAUAACCCAAAUAAUAAUAAUAAUAAUAAUAAUAAUAAUAAUAAUAAUAAUAAUAAUAAUAUAAAUAAUAAUAAUAGUGAGAGUAAUAGUAAUAUUAUUAGUAAUAAUAUAAAUAAUAAUAUAAAUAGUAAUAUAAAUAACAAUAUAAAUAACAAUAUAAAUAACAAUAUAAAUAAUAAUAUAAAUAAUAAUAUAAAUAAUAUAAAUAAUAAUAAUAUUAACAAUAGCGCCAAUUUUAAUAAUAAUAAUAAUAAUAAUAAUAACAUUAUAAAAUCACCAACUAAAAUUAAUAUUAAUAUAAAUGGUCAGAAUAAUAAUUUAUUUGGUAAUGCCAAUUUAAAUAACUCGAAUUCUAUUCAGACCCAGCCAAACCCUUACAACGACUUUUCUAGUUCACCUGGACAUAAUAAUAAUAACAAUAAUAAUAUUAAUAAUAAUAAUAAUAAUAAUAAUAAUAAUAAUAAUAAUAAUAAUAAUAAUAACAAUAACAAUAAUAAUAAUGGUAAUCAAAACCAAAAUGUAAGCGAUCCAAACAUUUAUAAUACUCCAAGAUAUAAUGUAAAGAUAGAGAAUAGUGGGAACAUUCCACCAAGAGAAUCUUCUUCCCCAUCACCACCUCCAUUAUCAUCCUCAUCUUCUAAUAACCAAUAUAAUGUAUCAUUUACCGAAACUCACGAAAAUCAACAAACUACUUUCAUAUCGACUGAACAAUUAAUUCAACUCCAACAUCAAUUACAACAAAGACAAAACUCAACCCAAAAUACAAUUCAAAACCAAAAUCAAAAUACAACUCAAGACCAAAAUCAAAAUCAAAAUCAAAAUCAAAAUCAAAAUCAAAAUCAAAAUCAAAAUCAAAAUCAAAACCAAAGAUUCUACCAUGAUCAAAACCAAAAUCAAGGUUUCUUUUAUGACAAUAACAAUAACUACAAUAGAAAUAAUAGCAAUAAUAACAGUAAUGCUAAUAGUAAUACUAAUAAUAUUAAUAAUUCAAAUGAUAACGUAAUCACCUAUAAUAACAAUGGUAACUCGAUAUUAGAGCAAGAAAGAACUUAUAAUUGCAAUUAUGGUAAUAACAAUAACAAUAGCAAUAAUAAUAAUAAUACUAAUAUUAAUAAUAACAAUAAUAAUAAUAAUAAUAAUAAUAAUAACAAUAAUAAUAGUAAUAAUAAUAGUAAUAAUAAUAGUAAUAAUAUUAAUGGAAACUGUAAUAAUGAAAAUGAUAACAACUUAGCAAAAUUAGGUUUAAGAAAAAAAAUAAUAACCAACCAAAAUCAAUUUGUACAAAAUAAUCAACAAUCCUCACAAACUCCCCUUUCCAAUCAACUUUAUCACCCUGUAUCACACCAAAACCCUUUACAAAUUUCAUUCCAAAAUAACCAAUAUCAACAAAAUCAAAAUCAAAACCAUUCCAACCAAAAUCAAAACCAUUCCAACCAAAAUCAAAAUCAAAACCAUUCAACCCAAAACCAAAAUCAAAACCAUUCAACCCAAAAUCAAAAUCAAAACCAUUCAACCCAAAACCAAAACCAAAACCCAAACCAAAAUCAAAAUCAAAUCCUAAAUCAAAACCUAAAUCAAAACCAAAAUCAAAACCAUAAUCAAAAUCAAAAUCAAAAUCAUAAUCAAAAUCAUAAUCAAAAUCAUAAUCAAAACCAAAAUCAAUACUCCAGCGAUCAAACCAACUACACACAACAACAAUCCCAACAAUCCCAACACCAACACCAACAUCAACAUCAAUCAAACAUUUCAAUGUCCAUACCAUUAGCGACCCAGUUUCCAUAUCAAUAUAAUCAAUCAACAUUUGAUCCAUCCAACUACCAAUUUCCAAAUGGUAUUGAUCAAAUAAGUGGUAGCUUUAUUUUUGUUCCUUCUAAUACAGAAAAUGAUAACAAUUUAAAAAGUAAUAUUAUAAAUGGUAUUAAUUUCAUGAAUCAAUUACAAAAUGACCAAAAAUAA